CUCCUCACCCGGCGCGCGGCGGAAGUGACGCGUGCGGGCGCCACCGCCAUGGAGCCUGCGCCCGGACCGCAGGAGAAAUAUCAGCUCAUCACCCGCAACCUGCAGGAGGUGCUGGGGGAGGAUAAGCUCAUGGCCAUAUUGAAGGAGCGAGAGUUGAAGAUCUACUGGGGGACGGCCACCACGGGCAAACCACACGUGGCUUACUUCGUGCCCAUGUCCAAGAUUGCAGAUUUCCUCAAGGCCGGGUGUGAGGUGACAAUACUCUUUGCUGAUCUGCAUGCUUACCUGGACAACAUGAAGGCUCCCUGGGAGCUGCUGGAGCUGCGCACCCGCUAUUACGAGAAUGUGAUCAAAGCCAUGCUGGAGAGCAUUGGGGUGCCCUUGGAGAAGCUGAAGUUUGUCCAGGGCACUGACUACCAGCUCAGCAAGGAGUACACCCUGGACGUGUACCGCCUCUCCUCCGUCGUGACGCAGCACGAUGCCAAGAAGGCAGGAGCAGAGGUGGUGAAGCAGGUGGAGCACCCCUUGCUGAGUGGUUUGCUCUACCCCGGUCUGCAGGCCCUAGAUGAGGAAUACCUCAAGGUGGACGCACAGUUUGGAGGGAUUGAUCAGAGGAAGAUAUUCACCUUUGCAGAAAAGUACCUUCCUUCCCUGGGCUAUGCCAAACGUGUCCAUUUGAUGAACCCAAUGGUUCCUGGUCUGACUGGCAGCAAAAUGAGCUCCUCGGAAGAGGACUCAAAGAUUGACCUCCUGGAUCGCAAGGAGGAUGUGAAGAAGAAGCUGAAGAAGGCUUUCUGUGAGCCAGGGAAUGUGGAGAACAACGGUGUCCUCUCCUUCAUCAAGCAUGUCCUCUUUCCCCUCAAGUCAGAGUUUGUGGUUCUGCGAGAAGAAAAAUGGGGGGGAAGCAAAACCUACACAGCCUAUGAGGCCCUGGAGAAGGACUUUGCUGAGCAGGUUGUGCAUCCUGGAGACUUGAAGAACUCAGUGGAAGUGGCCCUGAACAAACUGCUUGACCCCAUCAGAGAGAAAUUCAACAGUCCAGAACUGAAGCAGCUGAGCAAUGCUGCAUACCCCAACCCAGCCAAAUCCAAACCUGCAGAGAAGGGCACCAAGAACUCAGAGCCGGAGAAUGUGGUCCCAUCCCGGCUGGACAUCCGUGUUGGCAAAGUGAUCAGUGUGGAAAAGCACCCUGACGCUGACACCUUGUAUGUGGAGAAGAUUGACGUGGGUGAGUCUGAGCCCCGCACUGUGGUCAGUGGCCUGGUGCAGUUCAUCCCCAAGGAGCAGCUGCAGGACAGGCUGGUGGUGCUGCUGUGCAACCUCAAGCCCCAGAAGAUGAGGGGUGUGGAGUCAAAGGGCAUGGUGCUGUGUGCCUCCAGCCUGGGGGAGCCACGGCAGGUGGAGCCCCUGGACCCACCGGCUGGGUGCUGUGCUGGAGAGCGCGUCUACGUGGAGGGAUACGAGGGUGGGGAGCCUGAUGAUGAGCUCAAGCCAAAGAAAAAAGUCUUUGAGAAGCUGCAGGCCGACUUCCGAGUCUCUGAGGACUGUGUGGCUCAGUGGAAGCAGAAAAAUUUCCUGACCAAGCUGGGGACAGUCUCCUGUAGAAGCCUGAAGGGAGGAACCAUCAGCUAACCAGCUCAUGCCUCCUGCCUGGCUCCCUCCACUGCCUCAGCCAGGCUCUCCUCCCCGGCUGCCAUCUCCUACCAAGUACCCCAAGCCAGGGGUGCAGUCCUGGGGACUCUGAGACUAAAUUUGCAGCCUCCCACUGGAAGAACUGCCAAUACCCCCCAGGCUUGUUCAGCCAGCCCCUGCGCCUCGGGUGUGGGCCACCUCUGGCUCCUGGAGGUGCCACCACACCUACGGGACUGAUGAGACUUGUGGCUGUGGCCUCAGGCUUUGUGCUGGGGCCAUCAGCUCCCUCCUGGUUUUGCCAGGGACUGUACACCCUGACCCCAGUUGGGAUGGCAUGCCUGGGUGUGGCAGAAAGAGAAAGCUGCUUGCUCAAACCUGCAUUGCUGCUAAUGGGGCUGGGGGCAGCGGUCUGGCAGCUGGGAAGAUCCCUGUCCCCUGCCCUGCCUGGGCACACCCUGCUUCAGGUUGGGGGUGCUGCUUGGGGAGCCCAGGCACCACAGGCUGGUCCAUCCUGAGCCUCUGGGGGGUUCUGAGGGACUUGGGAACCAUCUCUGUCAUAAACCCCAAUAAAACAUCAAGUUGACUGC